AUGAACCACGACAGCAACGACACGCAGAAGAACAAACUCACCGGCGAGCAGGUGGCCGAGCACAAUUCGAAGGACUCGUGCUGGGUCAUUGUUCAUGGACGCGCAUACGAUGUGACCGAAUUCCUGCCAGAGCAUCCGGGCGGGUCCAAGAUCAUAUUAAAGUAUGCCGGCAAGGAUGCCACCGAGGAAUUCGAUCCCAUCCACCCGCCGGACACCCUCGACAAGUACCUCGACCAGAAGCACCACCUGGGCGAGGUCGACAUGAAGACGGUCGAGCAGGAAGAGAAGGAGUAUGAUCCGGACGAAGAAGAGAGGCAGAAGCGCAUCGAGACCAUGCCUAUUCUUGAACAAUGCUACAACCUGAUGGAUUUUGAGCACGUCGCGCGGCGCGUCAUGAAGAAGACAGCUUGGGCAUACUACUCGAGUGGUGCCGACGACGAGAUUACUAUGCGUGAGAACCACAGCGCCUUCCACAAGAUAUGGUUCCGACCGCGCAUCCUCGUAGACGUAGAGAACAUUGACACUUCUACAAUCAUGCUCGGUUCCAAAACCGACAUGCCCUUCUACGUUACCGCGACCGCACUCGGCAAGCUAGGAAACCCCGAAGGCGAGGUCCUCCUCACGCGAGGCGCAAAGAAGCACAACGUCAUUCAAAUGAUUCCUACACUAGCAUCGUGCUCAUUCGAUGAGAUUGUAGACGCCGCCGAAGACGGCCAGGUGCAAUGGCUACAGCUUUAUGUGAAUAAGGACCGCGAGGUGACCAAGCGCAUCGUACAGCAUGCCGAGAAGCGCGGCUGCAAAGGUCUCUUCAUCACCGUAGAUGCACCGCAGCUCGGCCGGCGAGAAAAGGACAUGCGCACAAAGUUCCAGGAUGUUGGCUCGAAUGUGCAGUCCACCGGCGGCAACGAUGUGGACCGCAGCCAGGGUGCCGCUCGGGCCAUUUCGUCUUUUAUUGACCCGAGCCUCAGCUGGAAGGACAUCCCCUGGUUUCAGUCGAUUACAAAGAUGCCCAUAAUCCUGAAGGGCGUUCAGCGCGUCGAAGAUGUUAUCAAGGCUGUUGAGGCUGGUGUUCAGGGUGUCGUCCUAUCCAACCACGGAGGUCGCCAGCUAGACACUGCGCCUUCUGGCGUAGAGAUUCUGGCUGAAGUGAUGCCCGCGCUUCGUGAGCGUGGCAUGCAAGAUAAGAUUGAAGUGUUUAUCGACGGCGGUAUUCGACGAGCAUCUGACAUCGUAAAGGCGCUCUGCUUGGGCGCAACCGGCGUCGGUAUCGGUCGGCCAUUCCUCUAUGCCAUGUCAGCAUAUGGUCUGCCCGGUGUAGAUCGCGCGAUGCAAUUGCUCAAGGACGAAAUGGAGAUGAACAUGCGACUCAUCGGAGCGUCAAAGGUAGCAGAUUUGAACCCUACGCUUGUCGAUGCGCGCAGCCUGAGUGCACACACGACCACCGUCCCAGAAGACACCCUGGGCCGGAAGGUAUAUGACCCGCUGAUCGGUCCCAAGGAGAAGGCUGCAGCGAAUUACUCUGAAAAAGCCAAAUUGUAG